AUGAGAAAAACCACGAUGAGAUUCCAUUUGAAUUUGAAGAAAUAUCUAGGACAGGCUCAGAACUCAGAAAAUGAUGUGUUUCAUUGCUCUCUCCGCAGAAUAGAAAUAGACCUAGAUGCAGAAUAUGAAGGUAUUAUUGAGAAAUUACUUCCUGGCGAUCAGAUCCUAUCUGUGAACGGAGAGGAUGUCGAAACAGCUCCAAGAGAACACGUCAUCUCAUUGGUGAGGGCGUGUACAAAAACGGUUGACUUGGUGGUAUGUCAGCCGGCAGAGCAGCAUGGUGCAAGAAAAUCAACCCUCUUAUCGGCCAGCAAGAGGGCUCGUCUGAAAAACAAACCUUCCAGGGUGAGGUUCGCAGAAAGCGUCUGCGUCAACGGCGCUCCACUGUUCCCAAUAGCUUCUCGGCCUGGCGCCCACAAACUACGCUGCCUAUUCCGAGUUGCAUUCGUCCCAGCUUCGGCUGCCGCUUUGGCUCAAAAAGAUCUGAAUGCGCUCGAUUAUCUGUACACCCAGUGUUGCAACGACGUGAUACAGGAAAGGUUUGCGCCUGAACUUCAGUACGACACCGCUCUAAGGUUGGCAGCCCUGCACAUAUACCAGCACGCCUUGGCCAAUAAUAUGCAAGCUUCCAAGCUGACGGUGAAGACGGUGGAGCGAGAAUUUGGUCUGGAACGGUUCAUUCCCGCCUCUCUCUUGGAAAACAUAAAGCGCAAAGAGAUUCGCAAGCUCGUCGGUCACUUCCUGAAGCUACACGCCAGCAUGGCAGGUCUCGGCAAACAGUUGACUGUCUUGCAAGCAAAGCUACACUAUCUAGACAUCGUUGGCCAGCUACCUAGCUAUGGAGCAAAGUGUUUUUCAGCAGGACCUCGAGGAGAUACCAUGGAGAGAGUAAUUUUAGUUAGCCCCAAGUUUGGGAUAAGUCAGAUAACCGGUACAAGGAGUUCAGUGUUCCAACCCAUCCCGAUAGCCAACAUAGAAGACAUGCGACGAAUCGAAGUUAGGAGCGACGACGAAAUCACGCGCACCGUCCUCGUCUUUCUGAACACCGAAAAAGUAGUCACGAUAUCUCUCGAAGAGCGAGACGCCUGCGAAUUGGUCCUCGUUCUGCGCGGCUACUUCAAGUUGGCGACCGGCGAAGACUUGCCCGUCGACCAGGAGGAAGAGCCCCCGAUGGAAGAUCUCGCGCCGCCCUAUCUCUCGCAGCACAAAGUGGUGCCCGAGAAGUGGAGCUACACGAACCAGACGGCUCUGAAGCUGGCGUGCUUCGCCGUACCUCCGGUUUACAAGAGCGUCAGCAAGAAGACGAACGGGCUGUAUAAUACCAUGGGAAGGCAGUCGAAGCAACCCCUGAUGAUCGCGUACAGCUUGGAUAGUAAUAUGAAUAGUUCGAUGGUGGACAAGAACAGGCAGUUCCUCAGCUUAGAUCAGAAGUCAACGGAGUCAGGCUCGAUAGAUAUCUUCGAUAAUGGGCUCGUUGAAGCUAGAAACGAAGAGGUUCUCCGCCGAGUCCGCGAGAUGCACCAACUGGUCGAGUACUCGGAGCAGUACCUGUCGGAGCAGGAGAACCUCGAGCGACUCAACUCGCUCGCGGAGUGGCAGGAGACUAGCGUCGACGUGGAGAGCGACAGCGACGAGCCCGGGAAGCUGAAACACAGCGACUCGUUGCUGCUGCUCAAUAAAUCGGCUAGCAAUGGGCUCGAGAGGCGGCACUCGUUCACCUCAGCCGCCAUAGAGUUGCUGCGCCAAGAAACGGUAUGCUCGGAGAGCGACAACGACUCGCUCUAUACGCCCAACAACUCGCCCAAGCACACGCAGCUGCCCAACAGCUUAAACAAUAAGUUGAACAGGAUAAGCUUCGGUCUUCGCAGCCCUGACAACCGGCCUGACAAAGAGCACGACUUUCAAGGUUAUCUCCAAUACCUGAGAGACGUCAAAAAGAAUGAAGAAAACGUAUCCGCAGAUUCCUGUUCUGUGAACGACAUGUACAUAUUCGACCCGGAUAUCAUCGACCUGACCCUGAUCCCGCCUCCUAGUACUCCGGACGAGUUGGAUUGUGCCUUACCCUCGCCCAUCAACGUCCCGCCCAGGUCGUUCGCGGAUUCCAUGGACAAGUUGAACAAACUUGGUAUUCUGGACGAGAACCAGGACUUCGAAGAGUUCCUCGCCAGUGUAACUGUGCAACCUCCCACGCAGAAACUCACCCCGGCCGUUGAAUUGACUCCUGAAGAGAUAAUGGCUUACAUCAUUCCUCCGCCGCCUGCGCAGGGCAGCCAGGAGAACUUGACAAUAACUCUAACCGAGAGGAAUUCUGAGAGCGAGGGAGAUCGAAGGAUGAAUGAGGUCAGCUCCGUCAAAUCUAAGGUGAUAGAAUACGAGACUUUCGAUAGGAGGGGUCCGUUUUCGUGCUGUGCCAAGAAUAAGACUGACAAAAGUUUAAGGUUAGACGAAACGAUCCAGCCCCUUCCUCGACGCAGCUCUGACGAGAAGCCUCCUGACAGGCCCCCAAAGCUGGCCGCUCAGGAGAGGCAGCGCUCCCACUCCCUUACUUCCCCCUUGCCGAAAGUCCCCUCGGAGUUCCCUCCGCCGCCCAAACUACCGCCCAGAGGCGACGCCACCCACCAGGCGCCCCCGCACUUGUUCCUGCCGCCCAAGAAGCCGCCCCUGCCUCCCGUGCCGUCGCUAGAGGUACUCCGGCAGAAGAAGAACGUGCAGCAGUUGAAGACCGCUAUAGAGCUGAGGACGGCGAGCAUCGGAUCGCCGGUGUUCCAGAGAAGUCGAAAGGUUUCCAACGAUCUGGAAACGAACGGGUUGGAUAACGUUGAUAACAAAUUAUGCCCGAAGCAUACUACUGCCGUUAGUACUCCCACGUCGCCGCAUAUGGGGCGCGGUUCGCAUUUAAGGCUAGUCCCCGUACCUUUGGACUCUCCAGGCAGCCCAAAAUACUCCCACCACCCUCAAGAAACACACUCUCCUAGAUCGCCGACACACAGAAAUCCUAUCGAACCGUCGCCAAUCGUUGAUGACAGGCUGAAACCUCCUCUCCACCCGAAAUCUACGCAGCAGGGAGGGAGUCAGACACGGAACGGUUGCACGUCGAACAGAGAGGAUCUGCUGCAGAAGACCGACUUAGCCAUGGCCAACUUGCUGGUGCGGCUGGACCAAGUUGCAGCGCAAUGCUCAGCUGCUCAGCUGCACGGGGGAGGGAGGUUUAUCAGCGAGGAGAAGUUCCAAGUAGCGAAAGAGGAGCUUACGUCCCAAUCCCUCCAGCUAGUCACUUCAAGUAAGAUGCUGGUGAUCGCGAUGUCAGACCCGAGCCUUCCCGACCUACCGGAGAACCUCGCCAUAUGUCUCACGAUCCUCCGGAGACUGACGGAACUCUGCCAGGACCUCGCCGACCACACGACCGCGCCUCUGCAGACACGUAACCUCGUGCUGAAGGUGAACGACGUCACCGCAGCCUUUCGCCACCUCCUCACCUCCGACGUGGACCGCAGCUCGCGAAGAGCAAUUGAAGAACAUCUGGCAGCGCAAGCUGAGUCCUUGGCCAACGUCUUGGCCACGCUGCUGCGCAGCCUCAGGGUGUUCUCGCCUUGAGCAGGAUGCUCACUGGGUAUUGUAGACAGUUUUGCAAGUUUUUACCGGGUUUUCGUUAAGUUUUGUCAACGUUCAAUUCAGCUCUCUUUCUCUUUCUCGAAGGUUUUGGAUGCAUAGGAGGAUUUGAAUUUUUUAUGGGAAAAUUCUUUUCGUUCGAAGUCAGCAAAUGCAAGUUUUGUAGUUGUAGACCACUCAUUUGAGUGGUCCUAUCUUUGGGUCGUUAGCAUGACUACGUUGGUACUCAGAGAUCAUAUUGAAUUAUAGAUUUUUUUAGGCUAAAGUAGUACUUUUGACUAACAGAUGGCACAAAUAAAAGAAACCUGUAAUACAAAUGUAAGCUCAAGUCUAUUAACCUUAUACAUGGCACUACAUUUGUGCCAUAUAUGCAUUAGUCAAAUCAGUGUGUUCUCAGUCAUUUGCUCCCUAGGAAUUGCUUUCUUUGUACAAAUAUAUUUUGAACACAUGAAAAAUGUUAUUUUCAAAUCAUGGAAACACGAAUCAUUUAGGAUACGGAAAUGAAAUUUAAGUGAAUAUCUAGUUUUAACUUGAUAUUUACUUGAUAUUGGUGAAUAUCAAGUUUAAACUUGAUAUUCAUAAUUUGGAACCUCUGGCAUAAAAUGAAUCCAUCAUCAGGAAGUAACUAAAACUGCUUAUAACGGCUCUGUUAAUGUUUUUAUAUCCAGAAGAAUCAUUACAUGUCAUAAUGUAUAAUUAACUCCUAGUAUUUUGUUACUGUUCGAAUUGUUAUUGCUACCUGAAUGAUACCUAAUCUUUACUUGUUUUCUUUCUGUUAUUUUAUAAAAGUAUGAACAGCGGCCUGUUAGGAAUCAGACUUUUAUCUCCAUUCAUAGAUCUCAUUGUACAUUUGGAACAAGUUUUUGAAUGUUUUCGAAUUCCAUCUUUAAUGUCAUAUUCCCGACUUUCUUGAAAUCUUGUCUUUUGUCUUUAAAUUUCAAAAUAUAUUUUUAUGAAUUUCCUGACUACUAUCUUGAAAUUCUGAUGAAUUUUCAUCACGAAAUUCCUUCUUUCAUCCCAUAAUUUCAUGAUUCCGUUUUACCCAAACCUGAAUUUUGUCUUGUAUUGGGGUUCAAAAGUGCCCAAAUGUAACCUAUCACUAAUUUCUCUAGAUCGAAUUUUGAAAUACUUGCAAGUGCAUUAGUCAAUACAAAUUUUCAAACUGAAUUAUGCUGAUGUCAAAUAAGUUCAUGAAUCAUCCAAGGGAUGACUAUGGCGACUGACUUGUACAAUUCUUUCAUUGCUGACAUACUUUCUAUGCUCGAGUAAAUCUCCUAUUGGAGAGAAAUAUAAACAUUUGCUUUUCAAUGUUUUUCGUCAGACAUCUUUCCCCAUUCAUUAAAAUCCUCUUUCUGCAUUCAUUUUAUUUUAAAAAUGGUGAAGGGAACAUUCUUUAUAAGUCAUAGUUAUUGUUAUUGCAUAUAAUUUUUACAAAAGUAUCAUCUGUUGCUAUUUAUGAAAGUAAUAAUGUUGAGCGUAUUUGUUACUGAAGGAAACCGAGGGUGAUAAGAGUUUUAUUGUAGUUAUUGCAUAGUUUAGAGAUUGUUUUAUUCAUUGGGGCGAUUUAGCUCUAGAUAGUUGUAGAUUAUAGAUUACAAUGUUUAUAGUUUUCACCCUUGGUUGGUUGAGUGGUUGAGUUUAUAUUAAGGAUUGUGGAUUUGAGCUUAUGUGAUUCAAAAUUUUUUAAGAAAUGAAAUGAUUUUGAGAUCAUAAGCUCAUAUCCAACUUAUCUGUUGGUUUGGUACGUUUUGAGUUUUUGUGUACCUUUUGAAGUUUUCUAGUCAUAUUUGUUGUUUUUUAUUUAAGUGUUAAACAAGAUCAAAUAAGGCUCUAGAGAAAUCUAAAAAAUCUAUCGAAAAGAGAAUUUAAUUUAUAACACUCUUCAUUUGUUAUCUUGAAUAAACAAAGUGAGUCAUGAGUAACUAGAGGGCCCCUGUAAACUAGAAGAUACGAUUUCUUUGAAAUAUUUUUUUUUUGUGGAGGAUUUGAUGUUUUUUGGAUUUCUAACUUUCCACAAUCUAAAAAAUAUAG